GCGGGCAUCUGCUGCGUAUCCUGCUCGGGGCGUCCGCACAGCCUCGAUGUUCCAGCUGCCCAUCUUGAAUUUCAGCCCCCAGCAAGUGGCCGGGGUAUGCGAGACCCUGGAGGAAAGCGGCGAUGUGGAGCGCCUGGGUCGCUUCCUGUGGUCGCUGCCCGUGGCCCCGGCGGCCUGUGAGGCCCUCAACAAGAACGAGUCGGUGCUGCGCGCGAGAGCCAUAGUGGCCUUCCACGGUGGCAACUACCGCGAACUCUACCAUAUCCUGGAAAAUCAUAAGUUUACUAAGGAAUCGCACGCCAAGCUGCAGGCGCUGUGGCUGGAGGCGCAUUACCAGGAGGCAGAGAAGCUGCGUGGACGGCCCCUGGGGCCCGUAGACAAGUACCGGGUAAGGAAGAAGUUCCCGCUGCCGAGGACCAUUUGGGAUGGCGAACAGAAGACGCACUGCUUCAAGGAGCGCACGCGGCACCUGCUUCGAGAGUGGUACCUUCAGGACCCAUAUCCCAACCCCAGCAAAAAGCGCGAGCUCGCCCAGGCAACUGGACUGACCCCCACGCAGGUGGGCAACUGGUUCAAAAACCGCCGACAAAGAGAUCGGGCGGCGGCAGCCAAAAACAGACUCCAGCAGCAGGUUCUGUCGCAGGGCUCCGGGCGGGUGCUACGUUCCGAGGCUGAGGGCACGCCAGAGGUGUUGGGCGUCGCCUCCAGCCCGGCUGCUAGUCUGUCCAGCAAGGCGGCCACUUCGGCCAUCUCCAUCACGUCCAGCGACAGCGAAUGCGACAUCUGA